AUGAGCCUCGGCCUCCUCAUUUUCUUCUCGAUCACUUGUAAUCAGAGUUAGUUUGUUGAUAUCUAGGAGAAAGAAAAAAGUUUUUUAAAAAAUACGGCUUUUUUAGUUCAAUUGCAUUUAUGUUAUCUGGAGAUUCUUUAAAAUUAUUUAAAAGUUCAUUUUUGAUGGGACAAUGUUCGAAAAUUCAGUUAACUUUCUUCUCUUAAACUUCGUGGUCGCGUUUGGAAUGGCUCGAAGCGUUGCGGUUAGAAUAGAGUCUACAGAUGGCUUUAAAUUCAACAGCUUGCUGUGAAACUUCCCGAUUCCAGUCGUUCUUGGUCAGACCGCUUCGCAGCCGUUACGCAUUGAGCCACAUGCGAACAGAAAAUUUCAAGUCGUGAUGACUUACUGGAAUGAGUAUCAAGUUGAUGGAGAGUUUAAUUUGAAUAAUAUUUCAAUACUUUAACCUUCGGUUCCGAAAAACCUCUUAGUCAAUGUUUUUGUUUUUUCAAUCGAUGUGGAUGCGCGCCAAAUUCAAAUAUUCAUGACGAUACGCCUUGCAAUCCAUCAAACUUUUCAUCGCGACGCCUUUUCAUCUCCAUUCAUUUUCGCAAUCGAGCGCAUCCCUUUGCACUUGCAUUAUCUGGGGAGAGGCGACGAUUGAAUAUGCAGUUGCUAAACGAGUCGAAUGACCAAUCAGAAGCCGAAACUUUUCAGUGGUUUCGGGGAUGUGGUGCCUCGACGGCAACGACUGCGACUCGUUGGAGACGUGCGCCUUGUGUGAAGGAGCCGCCUGUCUCAGGGUUCAGAGGUUUUUUUCAUGAGUUUAUAUGAAAUUGGAAAACUUGGAAAAACAGAUUUUUUAUGGAUACUUGAGAAAAGUUUACUGUUUCAUUUUUAUUAGAGAAUUUGUCUUCAGGGCCUAGCUCAUCGAUUUCGACUAUUUUUCAAAAAUUAAAAUCAAUCAUCUGCCUAGUUUUCGCAGGUCUAAAUAAGAAGAAAAAAAGAAGGUGAAAUAACUUGAUUUUUCCAUUCUGAAAAAAAGUUUAACCCUGAACUUAAUAAGUUAAAGAUGAAGCGUUAAAUUAACUGAAAAAUCUUGUUAAAAAAAGGAAAUCUUUAAACUAUCAAAAAAAUGGAUAAGAGCGCCUGUGAAGGACUUCUUGGGCUGGAUUUCAGGAGUUUUUUUAAUUUUUUUGCUAAACAUUACUACAAGUUGGAGAUAAAAAAGUUAAUUUUUUCAAGAGAUACAAUUUUUUCCAUAUCUGAUUUCUACCAAGAAGAAAUCGUUUUUAUCUUUUUAUUGUCAUUCACUUUCUUCUUUCUUUUCCGAAAACAGCUGUUUUUGAAGUAGUAGUCCUUGAACUGAAUGAAACCUAUCGCCAAUCGUACUAUUGAAUACCUGCCUGCAUUUGACAAAUACUCCGGCCGACGGAGGCUCAUUUGGGAUUCUUGUCAAUUCCAGGCACAUUGAGAUGCAGUGGGCAAAAAGAGAAAGAAGGAAAAGUCUCGUUCGAAUAUGCAAAAACGCAAGGAAUAGACCCUUUCUCGUUAGAAAUAUCAAAACAUCUUUACUCCAAUUGCUUCGAGUAGUCCGACUAUAGCGGAUUGAAUUACUCGACUUGAAUUAGUGAGAAGAAAAAGUAAUUUCGAACUAUUGGAUGGGCUCGGUAAUAGGUUAAAAAAAGAAACUUCAAAUUUGGCGUUCGCUUUUUCUAUAUCAGCUUUCAGAAAAAAAAUCCAUUGUAAAGUUUUUUUUUUCAAUUUUUUUUUUAAAGUAAGGCGCUAAAAGAUUUUUAGAACAAACUUCUUCUGUUCAUAAUGUUCACUAGUGAAGUUUCCUCAUCGAUUUUUGUAACAAUUCUAGAAAAAAAGUUCAAGAAUGAAUUAUAAAUAGUAUGAGAGAUUUCAAAUAAAAGCGGUCUAUUAGUUUGAACAUAAUCUCCUCAUUAAAGAUUUUUUUCUUAAUGGACAAUUCCUAAUCUUUUUCCGCACCCUGAUAUCUUGAUAUGUUCGUGUGUUUACUUCAAAAAUCUAGCGAAUUCCAGGCCAUCGACGGAUAAAGGCGCAAAAACGGCGAUGACUUGCCUGCCACACGAUUCACUGAUACACGCCUACACACCGGAAGGUUGUCGGACGGACCUCGUCUCUGGCGAAAAAAUGUGCCUUUGCUCCGAAAAGGACUUUUGCAACCAUUCCCCCGUCAUUUCUUUCAAAACGCUCCCCAUUUUCACCGUCCUUCUCUCAUUGUUUGUGGUUUUAUAA